GUUGCAGCCUGGCAGGACUGCAAGACCGGCAGGCUCUUUCGCUGGCACCAAUCACACGCCGGAUUGAACCGAGUGGGACGCACGUCGCCCCACCCCACUCCAGGCCCCUCACGCACACAUCUGUUUGUCAACCAAGCUUUUCCCACCACCAACCUCAGCCACGCGACGCAACACCGCGACAUUGACUUUGAGGAGCGGCCGUCGUCUUCCCAGCCAAGAUCUACGGAUGAAGUGAGAGGUCUUGAGGCGUUGCCCGUCUUGUGACGAGGUGCAGAUCUCAUCAAAGCCCAGCCACGUCGCGACUUGCCUCCGUGCCACCGAGGACUACAAGAUCUGGCAGGAUCCGCCGUGACCUCAUUGAGAAGAACCAUGGCGGCCGCAGAAGCGACCAAUGGGGCCGUAGCUGCGCCCGGGGCUCAGGAUGGCGCAAGCGAGGGGCCAGAGAGCUAUAAGCUGCGUUUCUGCACGGUGUGCGCAAGUAAUCAGAAUAGAUCCAUGGAAGGCCACCUUCGCCUCGCCGAGGCCGGCUACCCCGUCAUCUCCUUCGGGACCGGCUCGCUCGUUCGUCUACCCGGCCCGACCAUCACCCAGCCCAACGUCUACCAGUUCAACAAGACCUCCUACGACAGCAUGUAUAAGGAGCUCGAGGGAAAGGACCCGCGCCUGUACCGGGCCAACGGCCUGCUCAACAUGCUGGGCAGGAAUCGAGGCAUCAAAUGGGGACCCGAGAGGUGGCAGGACUGGCAGGUCGGGCACCCGCGCCACGGCCGUGAGCAAGACCAAGGCCGCGAGGGCACCGAGAUGGGGCUGGUCGACAUCGUCAUCACCUGCGAGGAGAGGUGCUGGGAUAACGUGGUCGACGACCUGCUUGCCAGGGGCUCACCGCUCAAUCGGCCGGUCCACGUCAUCAAUAUUGACAUCAAGGACAAUCACGAGGAGGCAUCGGUCGGGGGGCGAGGCAUGGUCGACCUGGCCAACUCGCUGAACAAGGCCGCGCAGGAGGAGCGUGAGGCUGUCGGUGCGGCGGCCUUUGACGGGGCAAGCGCGGCGGCACGAUCCGGAUUCGACGAGCGGGUCCCCGACAUCCUGGCAGAGUGGCAGGAGCGGUGGCCCAAUCUUCCUGCUACGUGGACACUAUCUUGGUUUUGAGGAAUGUUUGCAAUCCGUUUGAUCAAUGACGGGUGCUACCGCAAAACCGAAGUGUAAUUGUGGCCAAUCACUCCGGGGCCAGCAGGGCUGGCUACAUGUUUCUCCCAGGUAACAAGAUCGGCCCCGGGCAGGAGCUCCGGUCAAGCUCAAGAGUAGCUGAGCUGGGGUUGCAUUGCGUUUCAUGGAGGCCGGCAGGGACACAGAGCCCCAGGCGUUUCGUUGCGGAGGGAGCAGACAUCGGGAGUGGCGGGGAGAUGCACGGGGCUUCCUGGGCAUGGCCGUUGCCUACCAUCGGUGAACUGAUCGAAGCAAUUGAUGAUACCCAAUCUAUUAUUUACUCCCGGAAAGGUCCUAGCCCGGAACCGUCCCGUCGUGUUCGUGACAAGGGAACUUGGGCAGAGUUGGUGGGGAAAACGGGCGUGUUUCCGCCUGAGCGGUACUGUGGUACGUGCUCACGUAUAUUUGACUGGGCAUUCCCCGGCGCUGCGGCCUGACUCGGAUUAUCGAAGCUUCUGUCAGCUGCCGAAGGGACCACGUUUUCUCAUGCCGCAGGCCGGGGUGGGAAGGGGUACAAGAAUGGGAAAAGUUGGGAUGAAGUUUAGCAAUGCGACAUGGACUUUUCAAACCCCCGAACCUCGGGGCCAAUCGCCGUCGCGGAGCACACGAGUGCCAGGCGCUGAAAUUGAGCUCGAGGGCUGAGUCGGCAAGGGUCUAAUGGACGGGGCCGCGGGAACGCAGGGAGGCAGAGAGAAGGCUGCACAGCCUCACGAUGGCCGAGAUUGCAAUCUUCCGCUUGGUUGUUACCACUAGUUGAUACGGACACGGUGCCUUGCGGACUGCGGGCUGCUGGUUGCUGGUUGCUGGUUGCUGGUUGCUGGUUGCUGAUUGCUGGUUGCGGACCAGGCCCCUGUACACAGCAACGGCAGCAAAUGCGGCUUUUCCAAAGGUCCACACGACAGGCCCACGGAAGCCCGGUCUGAAUGUCAACUCCGGAGACUCAGCCGAUCUCAGGUGACGGGCGACGCGUUGGGAGAGGGAACCAACGGGUUGAUCAAACCCGGGGGCUUGAUUCGGGGCGCCGAGGCUGCAUUGGCGUUGCGGGUUGAACAAGCACGGUUGUGGGCGCAGCUGUUGAAUUUCCUGGGGUACAAAUUAGCGGAGUGGAUUAUGAAAUGGGAUUUGCAGAA